GGUUCACAUGACGUAGAGUUAACUAGCCAGUUGAGUUUUCAUAGUGAGUUUUAAAAUGUCAGGCUCAUUGAGGAUCACAGUUUAACUUUUCGUAAGACAUCAGGAUCUUGACCGUGUGCACUUGUGCACAAAGAGCAUGAGUCACAGCCACACCUUUUCGUGGUGGUUUGAUCUUGUGUCCACAUUUCUUAUUAUCAUUCCGGUGAGAGGGAAAGACACCCAUACCACUCCCCCUCAUGGAGUGUAACAAUGAAUCAGAUGGGUCACACUUGGCUGCAUGUUGAAAUUGAAAGUUAUGGACGUAUGUUUUCUGCGCGGGAUGAACAAAUUUGCCCGCAGGCGGGCAUCUGUGUGUGUGUGUUAUUCUCUCUAUCAGCGCAGCCGGAUCAGUCUGCUGUUGGGGUCUUCCAGGUGGCCAUCGUUUUUAUUUAUUCAACAGAGUGGCUUCUGCAUACAUUUUCUUUUUCCCUGGUCUCCCUUUCUCCAUCUUCCAAAUCCUUUUGUUGAUUUUUGUGUGUGUGUGUACGACUCACAUGCAAAAGAAUCAUUUAACACAAUGCGACCAUUCAGUGCUCGUAUGCACAUCAAGUACUCUGCGUGCGAAUCGUUGGAAUGGCGAGAAAGUUACAUAACCGAAAUCAGACGUUAAGGAGAAGAAAGAGAAGAAAAAUCAUCAACGGCCAGUGCAGGUAGUAGUGGGUGCCGUGCGGCUGGAGCUUUCAGUCGGUGCCCGACCUUCCACCUGCGCAGGUGUGUAUUUGAGAGCCGACUCUCUCUGCUCACGAUUGUUGCUUUUCUUUCUUUCUUGCACCAUCCAAGGACUUUUUCGUGACUUUCCUUUUUGUAUACCUGUGCGAGUUUGUUCGGAGAAGCAUCAUCCGUCAUCGGGGCAAUCGUGUCGUGAUCCCAGCAUCAAUAACAUCCAACCCCCACUGGAAAAAGGAAAAAAACGAGUAACUAGCACCACCCAUCUUAUGUUAAUUGUAUCUGCCCUGGUAGCAGAGUAGAGGGCGAUGCAACGACCUUGCCGUAUAAAUCUCUGAAGCCUUGUGAACAGCUUUUGUGUGUGUGUGUGUGCCAAUUCUUGGCUCGUGUCCAACUCUAGAAGAAAAGGUGCAGCUGUCGGAUCGAAAGAAGGAAACCCACGUCAUCUUCUCGCCAUCUUCUUCUUUCUUUUGCGUCCGUGAAUCUCCCAAUGCGUCUGUUGUGGGCGCCAUCGUGAGCGCAUGACAUACAUACCUCUUUUCUUAAAAUUCCCCUCCUUCCUCUCUGUCGUCCCUUUCCACUCGGCUGGAUAACAGCGAUGGUCGGAUAUGCUUAAUUCAUCCGCAUUCUGCCCAUUGUUUCUGGAUUCUUUGAUUCGGUCGGACAUGGCCAGACAAAUUGUGCAUUGCUGACCGAAGAGUGGGGGAGGGCGGUUAAAAGUGAAGGACAAAACGCCAAAAUGUUGGAUCAACUGAGGAGAUUGGUGAACGGGUCGAGUAAUGGCGGACAGGCGGAUGGAAUUCCGCCUUCGGGUCACGUCAGGCAGAGCAGGAAUCAUCACCAUCCUUCAUCCGGCGGAUCCACGCGGUCUGGAUCGUUGAGCAGAUUGACGGCUUAUGCCCUGCAUCCUCAGCAUUCCGGUCGAAUGCGGAUGCAGCUCUCUUACAACGUCGUCCCAGUGUCUUACGUUGGCCCGCCGCAUCCUGUGGCCGUGGCGUACGGCCGGAAUGGGCGGACCACCGUUGUCGGUUACGACCCUUGGUUUCAGGUGAGGUAUCCGCAACAACCUCGGACGCCCGUCGGCCGUCAAGUGUCCGCCCGCCCUGAUCUUGCCCCACCACCUCACCAACCACCUCCAUCCUCCAGUCAUUCCAGCGGCAAAAAGAAGAAACAGACGCAACAAUCUGAAUCGUCCACAGACCGGAACAAGGACGAAUUCCGGCAUCCGACCAUCCGGAGGGAAACGGUGGUGCCCAACAACCGACACCGGUUGGUCCCCAGUCGGAGUCUGGACAGCAUCCAUCCGCACCGCAUUCAUCACCAUCGAUCGUCGCAAGAGAAGCAAAUCUCUGCGGAAGUGGAAGCCAAAUCGUCCGGCAAAAAGGUGAAAGAAUUCUUCCAGCGGGUGAAGGAUACCGUGUCGAAUGCGGGGACGACCAACGGCCAUCACCAACAGCAACCCAAUCGCGAUGGCGGAGGACAGGGCCACCGGACGGACGAAUGGCUUCUGUGCCGGCCCGGUGUGAAUGCCAACAGUUCGAAACCCAUGCCGCAUCCGCCUCAUCGUCCUACCACGCCCGGAAUGACGGCCUUCCGUAAGAUCUUUUCUCGUUCGCCCAGUCCCACGGCUGGACCGACGUCUACCCCAAUCAAAAAACCUCUUUCGUCCACCAAAUCCUUGUUCCAGCAGAUGAUACGGCCUCGGAGUCGUUCCGUUUCCAGCACGGCCAGUCUUUCGAUUCAGUCACAUUCGACGGCUCAUUCCGGCGGUGGCGGUGGUGGUGGCGGCGCUAUCCGCAAUUUCAGAUUAUCGAAAGAGAAAUCAAAGACAGAUCUCAACAUAGUCCACCGGAACGACGCCGGAUCGAUACAGCGAGGCAAUCCGGAUGGCGCAACGUUUCCCAGAGACUCGCCAUUUCACCAAUCGGGAACGGAGCCGUCUGAACAGCUGAUUUACGCUCCAGCCAGCGAGCCAACCAGAUCAUCGUCGACCAUGACGACGAACAACAACAACAACAACCCGUCGAAACGAACGAAAUUCGUCAAGAAGACGGAACAGCCGGCGGCCGGGUUUCGUGUUAAACGACGCCAGUCUCAGUUGAGACGAUCGGAACGGAAGCGUCGAAGCAGCCGGCGUCGUUCCGGCCGUAAAAAGAGCAGCCGAAACGGCUCGGGCGGUGGCAAUAGCGGCAAGAAAUUGGGCAGCAGCAAAGGCUCGCAGCUGGGCAGCCAAUCGGCUUUAAGCGGCGCUAAAUUGGUCUCUGAUUGGACCUAUCUACCUCUGCCUACGUCGUUCGUUCCGGUGGACGAAGCCAAAGCCGCCGCCAGACACAGUCGGCACGCCGAGAUUGCGGCAACGUCGCAACCCUCGCCGCUUCAAACGGUGGAAACGAAAGCCGACAUCCAAUCGGAGCAAGUGAUUGAGACGUCGGCGUCGCACAACGAGGACAACGACUGGGAAUCGGAUUUGUACCAAGUGUUGGUGGAUCGCGGCCAGCCUCGACGUAGUGGCCCCUUGCCUCCGCCCAUGUGGGAUCCGUUGAUUUUCAUUCCUCCGGAGCGACGUCGUUCGUCGGCGACGACCAUCGCCUUAAACGAGUCGGCCAUUUUGGUCGACCAACAGCCUUGGAUCCGUUCGUCGAAAUUGCGAGCCGAUGGCAAGAAACAGCUGAAACGAACCAAUCCGACGCUGUCACCUCCGCCGCCACUCUCUCCAUCUUCAUCACGAUCCAGUAGUGGAGACAUCACGCAAAAGGGAUACGAAAAGAAACGCUCCCGACUCCUGGCUCCUUACCUUCCCAAACCACCAGCGUCGCAAUCGAGCGUGUCAUCGCUAUCGUCAACCGCCGUCACCGCUGGAAUUGAACAGCAAUUGAGCGGUGAUGCUGGCCAGGAUGACGGAGGAGCUGGAACGAGUCCGCCGACUGAUGAAGGUGGAUCCAGGGAGAGGAGGCGAGCGCACCGGAAGGCGACGCGGCACGAGAGUCGCUACCAUUCGGAGGUGCGCCAAGAAGCCGUCCAGCAAGUCUUGGCCGCCAUGCAGAAUCGUCCCAAACCGUCGAUGCCGAUGCCCAGCAAGCGGACGUCGACGGUCAUGGGUCCGGAUCAGCAACAACAGCAGAUGGUGAUGAUCCAGCAGCAAGUCCAGCAACAGCAGCAGCAGCAGCAUGUUCAGCAAACGAGAGGAUCGCUAGAUGGCAGCAGCAGCGGCAGCAGCAGCGAAGACGAUGUCGAGGACGAGGUGGACGACGACGACGACGAAGAAGACGACUGUCAUCCUCCACCCUCUCGACAACAACAACAACAACAACAACAUUCAGUGGCAGCAAGUGGAGCAGCGCCGGCCGUUUCGGUCGGUACUCCCGAACGAACUCACAGAAUGCACGUGAUGGGGCAAUCGUCGGCUGGCCAGCAUUCGCCGUUGCAACAUCAAGUGUCUGACGCGGGGAGUAGCCACAGCGCCGGAUCGACCCGCAAUGUCACCCCGCCGCUCUCCAUCCAGCAGGGCAGGCCACUUCCGGCACUGCCCGUCUCACCUCCGCCGCCUCAACUGCCUCCGAGGGAGACUGGCCUUCAGCAGCACGCCAUCUUGAGUCGGGUGGCCAACGGCGGCACCCCAACCGGUUCCAGUUCGUGGAUGAUGCCGCCUCCGCCCGGAAGACCUGCGGCCGCUCCUCCGCCGCAGGUUUCCUCCACCAAUUUGGACGACGACUGGGAGAACAGCAGCAACGACAGCAACGACCUUCAACGACGCAGGGUGCAGGCGCAGCAUCGCGGCCUGCAGGCCGACAUCAACGACCUGACGGACGCCAUGUCCGGCUUCCAUCCGUAUGCUCAACCGCCGGACGUGACCAACAACACGAAUCAAAUCCGGAGGACGGCCACGGCGGCGGCGGCCGACCGGCUGGGCCGUUACGGCAUCAUUGGCGGCUCGUCGGCCACUCAGCCAUCGAACGCGUCGACGACGGUGGUGGUGGGUGGACACGCGAUGCAAACGCAGCUGCCUCAGGCGGGCACGUCGUCGACGUCGUUGGACGACUCGACGACGGGCACGUUGAACAGCCUGAACGGCCGCUGGAAAGUGUCGGCCAAGAUCCAGCAGCUGCUCAACACGCUCAAGCGGCCCAAACGCCGUCCGCUGCCCGAAUUCUACGAAGAUGACGACAUCGAACUGGAACUGGCGGCCAAUCCCAAGGACCCGAACGCCCCGAAACCAGAAGGCGGACCCAUGACGCCGGCCCUCGGCGAUCAACUCAUCAUUCCGUCGGGUUUGCCAAGGUCGUUGGAGGCAGCCGUUCAACGUUAUGGCUCGUCCAACUAUAAAGCCCCUGCCGCCACCGUCCUCGACCCCAACGGCAAAAUGUUUACGACUUUGACUUACGGCAAAUUGCAAAGCCGCUCUUAUAAAAUCGCCUACGCUCUGCUGAACAAGUUGAGCAAACACGGCGGAGUGGGCAGCGGCACGGCCGAAGUGCUGGGCAGCUCGAGCGUCAAGCCCGGCGAUCGCGUGGCGCUCGUCUACCCCAACAGCGACGCCAUCGGAUUCGUGUGCGCCUUUUACGGCUGUCUGCACGCCGGUGUCGUGCCCGUUCCCAUCGAAGUGCCGCUGACGAGGCGAGACGCCGGAUCGCAGCAGAUCGGCUUCCUGCUGGGCUCGUGCGGCGUCCAGGUGGCUCUCACCUCCGAUAUCUGCCUCAAGGGUCUGCCCAAAACGGCCUCCAGUGGCGAAAUUAUCGCCUUCAAAGGAUGGCCCAAGUUGCACUGGUGCGUCACCGACAACCUCAUCAAACCACCCAAAGAUUGGCAGCCGCCACCCAAACUACAAGACGAUACCCCCGCCUACAUUGAGUAUAAAACGGAUAAGGAAGGAUCGGUCAUGGGAGUCACUAUUACCCGAUCAGCCAUGCUGUCCCAUUGCCGAGCUUUAACGGCCGCCUGUUCCUACACCGAAGGCGAAGUGGUCGUUUGCGUCUUGGAUUUCAAGAGGGAAGUUGGCCUUUGGCAUGCCGUGCUGACGGCCAUCCUGAACGGCAUGCACAGCAUCUUCAUUCCGUACGCGCUGAUGAAAACCAAUCCGGCCUCGUGGAUGCAAAUGAUCACCAAAUACAAGGCCAGUUUGGCCGUCGUCAAGUCGAGGGAUCUCCACUGGGGUCUGCUGGCCACGCGCGAUCAUCGCGACAUCAACCUGUCCUCCCUGCGCAUGCUCCUGGUGGCCGACGGAGCCAAUCCGUGGUCGCUGUCGUCCUGCGAUCAAUUCAUGGCCGUCUUUCAGAGCAAAGGUCUCAGAGCGGACGCCGUCUGCCCGUGCGCCGCCUCCAGCGAAGUGCUGACCGUCUCGUUCCGGCGGCCGGGACGCUCCGGAGCCAACGCCACCGGCCGCGGCAUCCUCUCCAUGCAAGGCCUGAGCUUCGGCGUGGUCAGGGUCGAUCAGGAGAACUCGCUGACGUCGUUGACCCUCCAGGAUUGCGGGCACGUCAUGCCCGGAGCGGCCAUGGUGGUGGUCAAAAUGGAAGGUCCGCCUUACUUGUGCAAGACGGACGAAGUGGGCGAGAUCUGCGUCGGCAGCGCGUCCGGAGGCGCUCACUACUGGGGCCUGAAAGGCAUGUCGAACGCCACGUUCCGCGUGCAGCCGCUCCUGCCGUCCGGCGACGCCAUGAGCGCCGAGACGGAAUUCAUCCGCAGCGGAUUGCUGGGAUUCCUCGGUCCCGGUGGGCUCGUCUUUGUGUGCGGCUCUCGCGACGGCCUCAUGACCGUCACGGGCCGCAAGCACAACACGGACGACAUCAUCGCCACGGUGCUGGCCGUCGAGCCGAUGAAGUUCAUCUACCGCGGACGGAUCGCCGUCUUCAGCAUCCGCGUCCUCAGAGACGAACGCAUUUGCGUCAUCGCUGAACAGAGGCCAGACUGUUCCGAAGAAGAGAGUUUUCAAUGGAUGUCUCGAGUUCUUCAGGCGGUAGAUUCAAUCCAUCAAGUGGGUAUCUACUGCCUGGCGCUUGUCCCGCCCAAUUCGCUUCCGAAAACGCCCUUAGGCGGCAUCCACCUGUCCGAGACACGGCGCCGUUUCAUGGAGGGCUCCCUUCACCCGGCCAACGUUUUAAUGUGUCCGCACACGUGCGUCACGAAUCUGCCGAAACCUCGCGAAGUCCAUCAAGAUAUCGGCCCAGCAUCAGUCAUGGUGGGCAACAUUGUCCAGGGUAAUCGUCUAGCGGCCGCCCAGGGCCGCGAACUGCGUUUCGGUGACGACGAAGCCAAUCCUGCCAACAAAUAUCGAUACAUCUCCGAGAUCCUCCAGUGGCGCGCCCAGCGCACGUCCGAUCACGUCCUCUUCACCCUGCUGGGCGCCAAGGGAACGCCUACUGGCACGCUGUCUUGCGCCCAGCUCCACAAGAGGGCGGAGCGCGUGGCGUGCACCCUGGUGGAACGCGGACGCAUCAACAGCGGGGAUCACGUGGCCCUCAUCUAUCCGCCCGGAUUGGAUCUGGUCUGCGCUUUUUACGGCUGCCUGUACGUCGGGGCCGUUCCAGUCACCAUCCGCCCACCUCAUCCGCAGAAUCUGCCGACGACCUUGCCCACCGUCCGCAUGAUUGUGGACGUCAGCAAGGCGUCGGUUAUCCUGUCCAACGCCAACGUCAUCAAGCUGCUCAAAUCCAAAGAGGCUGGGAGUGUGAUGGAUGUGCGCGCCUGGCCGCCCACCCUCGACACGGACGACAUGGCCAAGAAGAAGUUGAGCAGCUUCUAUCGCGCGCCCACGGCCGAGAUGUUGGCCUACUUGGAUUUCAGCGUGUCGACGACGGGCAUGUUGGCCGGCAUCAAGAUGUCGCACGCCGCCACCACGGCCCUGUGCCGUUCCAUGAAGCAGGCCUGCGAGCUCUAUCCGUCGAGACACGUGGCCCUGUGUCUCGAUCCUUAUUGCGGACUCGGCUUCUCUCUGUGGUGCUUGUCCAGCGUCUAUUCUGGUCAUCAUUCGAUAUUAAUCCCGCCCUCUGAAGUGGAAGUCAAUCCGGCCGUCUGGCUAUCCAUCGUCAGCCAAUACAAAGUCCGAGACACCUUCUGCUCUUAUGGCGUCAUGGAGUUAUGCACAAAAGGAUUGGCCACUUCGGUCGGACUGCUCAAACAGCGCGGUCUGAAUUUGGCCUGCGUCCGGACGUGUGUCGUCGUAGCCGAAGAACGGCCCAGAGUCCAUUUAUCUACGAGCUUUUCUAAACUGUUUUCCGGCCUGGGUUUGUCGCCCAGGGCCGUCUCCACCAGCUUUGGAUGUCGCAUCAACGUCGCCAUCUGUUUACAGGGAGCAUCGAGCCCUGAUCCAUCGACUGUCUACGUCGAUUUGAGAGCUUUACGUAACGACAGGGUGACACUAGUGGAACGCGGAGCGCCUCACAGUUUGUGUUUGACCGAGUCGGGCAAAUUGCUACCCGGUGUGAAAGUCAUCAUCGCCAAUCCGGACACGAAAGGCCAGUGCGGCGAUUCUCACCUGGGUGAAAUAUGGGUCCAGGCUCCACACAACGCCUCCGGUUAUUUUACUCUCUACGGCGACGAUCCGGCCGGCGCCGGAGCCGCUUCCGUCGAUCAUUUCAAUUCUCGACUGGUCACCGGCCAUACCGGUGAAGCUUACGCCAGGACGGGCUAUUUGGGCUUCCUCAGGCGAACCGAAAGUGUUCAAUCGGAUGGAGAACUUCACGAUGCCGUCUUUGUUGUCGGAGCCCUGGAAGAGACGGUCGUUUUGCGAGGGAUGCGCUACCAUCCGAUCGACAUCGAAAACACGGUGAUGCGAUGCCACCAAAAGAUCGCCGAAUGUGCCGUGUUCACGUGGACCAACUUGUUGGUCGUCGUUGUCGAACUGGAAGGGACGGAAUCGGAAGCACUCGACCUCGUUCCUCUGGUCACGUCCUCCGUCCUGGAGGAACAUCAGCUGAUUGUCGGCGUCGUCGUGGUGGUUGAUCCGGGCGUCGUGCCCAUCAAUUCUCGCGGUGAGAAACAACGUAUGCAUCUAAGAGACGGAUUCCUGGCCGAUCAACUUGAUCCCAUCUACGUCGCCUACAACAUGUAGUUGUUUUGUUUGUUUUUUUAAGUAGUUUAAAAACAAGAAGAAGAACUGCAGCUACUCUGUGUGUUUAUUAUUUUUUUUUUUUCGUUUGUUUUUGUUUUUCGUAAAAGGCAAAAAAAAAAAAAAAAAAAAAAAGAAACUAUUUGGUCUGUAUGUGUUUUGCCAGUGUGUGUGUGUGUGUAUUGGAAAAGUUUUGUUUUGUUGCACAGUCUGUCACAUCCAUCACAUUUCUUUAUCUUUUUCAUGGACGAAAAAGAAAAGCAGGGGUAAACAUUGAAAAAAGAAGGAAGGCAUAAGAAUAGUCUUUAUCUUAGUUUUUGAACAUGUACCACAUUUUGGGUUGUACAUAUUAUUUGUUUUCUUUCCGGCCAGCAGCUUAUUCUUUAUCAGUUUCUGUUCUUUCACACAUACACACACAAACAUACACAAAAGUCAUUUUUUUCUUUCCUCCUCCUCUCUCUUUCUGUGUUUACAUUCAAUUUUAUUUUUUUUUUUUUUCUUACCGCAGGUUACAUUGAAAAAUUCUUUACUGUACGCUUUACUGCUACUACUGCAAUACUUUGUCUCUUCUUGAUUUCCAGUUCUUUUUUUUUUUUCUCCCCUUACUAUUUUUGAAUGGACGCUGUCUUUGUUUUGGAUUGAUUAAAAAAAAAAAUUAUUGUCAUAUUCCUUCCCUCCGAAUACGAGAGUGUAUGUAGUACCGGUUUACGUAUGUGGUUUUUUGUUUCUUUUAUUUCUGAAUCAAAUCUUAUUCUAUACUCUUUCCGUCUUUAUUCCUUUCCCCAAAACAUUUUCCUAUCACUUGUCGACACGAUCUGUAACGUCUCAAUGAUUAUUUCCUUUUUGUGUGUGUGUUUACACGCAAAACGUCGUUUUGAGGGCUGCUGAGAGGCUGAUUGUGUGUUGACGAUGUGCGCCGUGUGUUUAUUUUGGACAUAACGUAACGUGAGUGUUUGUAUUUUCAAUUAUCAUGAUCAUUAUUAUUUACUACAUACAGUAAUGUCAGAUAUAAAAA